AUGUGUAUAUAUGCAGAUACCGUUACUGAACACGAGCUUGAACAUGAAGAUCGAGAACUGCACGUUACUAAUGUUUCUCUAUGCAUUUGUCAUUUCUUCUUAUCAUGCCUUCGCCUCACCAUCAUGCACGUACCUGAACUAACACUGUCGUUUUUAUGCAUCCAAAUUAGUUCUAACGUUGAUAAUGAUGAUGUGUAUGUGUGUGCAGAUGUAAGAUUACAUGGAGCAUCAACUUUGCUGUUGACUUCAACACGGAAAUAUCAUGUUGUUAAUCGUCUUGCAGAUGAUAUACUUUUGCCUCCUGUUGAUCCUCUUACUCCUGUUUUACCUGAAGCUUAUUGUGCAAAUCCUCCAGGUUAUCCUCCGCCUUCCUCCACAACUCUACCGCCACCUGUAUCGGGACCACCUUCUACUGGAUCUUACUUCCCGUCACCGCCUGCAUCAUCUUCCUCCAACCCUACACCACCAGCGUCAUCUUCUUCCUCCUACCCUACAUACCCUACACCACCGGCAUCGUCUUCUUCCUCCUACCCUACACCACCGGCAUCUUCUUCCUCUUAUCCUACACCCCCGGCAUCUUCUUCCUCCUACCCUACACCACCCGCAUCGUCUUCCUCCUACCCAACACCACCUUUCUCUUCUUCUAUACCUACCACACCACCGUCAGAUACAAUUCCAGACUCACCUGCAGUAUAUGAACCUGGCUCGCCCGCCAUCUAUCAACCUGGUCCGGGUUUUAGCCCUCCUUAUAAUGAUGGACCAAGUCCACCAACAUUCUCAUUUCCUUCACCAACAGGUUUCAUACCAGCCCCACCUCUAUUUGAACCGCCAGUUGUAUACCCUCCUCCAAAUGGACCACCACCGGCUCACACUGAGCCAGAGUCUGCAUUGUGGUGUGUUGCAAAACCUUCUGUUCCAGAUCCGAUUAUUCAAGAAGCCAUGAACUAUGCUUGUGGUUCAGGGGCUGACUGUGAAUCACUACAGCCAAAUGGAGAAUGCUUCCAGCCUGACACAUUAUUUGCACAUGCUUCUUACGCUUUCAAUAGCUACUGGCAAAGAACCAAAGUGGCCGGCGGCACUUGUGAAUUUGGUGGUUCCGCCAUGCUCGUUACUGUUGACCCAAGUUACGAUGGGUGCCAUUUCAUCUACUUCUAAACCAGACUUUCUUUUACACGAAUCAUGAACAAGUUUUUGUUAGUAACUAACUGAAUUACAGAUAGAAUGUUCAUAUCUCAAAAUUAUGAUUUGGGCUAUUGAGUACACAUUUACUCUAUUACUGUGUCGUCAAAAUAAAUGC